GCCAUUGGCGGGCGUUUGAAUGGCGGAAGUGACGAGGGCCGAGCGAUGGCCGCCCCUUAGAUACGCAAACGGCUGCCGGGAAGCUGCGCGGUGCGGACUGCCGCGGGAGCCCGCCUGCUGCCCGGAUCAUUUAUAUUUAAAAUACACAGAAAUGAAGAGAAAAGUAGUGAAUGCUGGAAAGCUGAGAUUAAGUCCUAAUGAGGAAGCUUGCAUUUUGAAGGAAGAUUAUGAAAGAAGACGAAAACUAAGAUUGCUACAGGUUCGAGAGCAAGAAAGGGACAUCGCCUUACAGAUAAGAGAAGACAUAAAGCAGAGGAGGAACGAGCACUUAACUCGUUUGGCAGAGGAGCUCAGGGCACAAUGGGAAGAAGCCCAAACUCAGAAAAUACAAAACUUGGAAAAAUUGUAUUUGGCAAGUUUAAGAGAGAUGGGAAAGGGACAUCGGCAAGCCAAAGAAAAUCAACCAGAUUUGGAUGCUGUGGCACGGCGAGCAGCAGAAAGGAAGAAAAAAGCAGAAGUGAGACAUAGAGAAGCCCUGAAAUUACAGAAAAUUCAAAAAGAAAUGUCUCUGAAACAGAAAACCUGGCAUAUAAAUGCUCGGAAGGAAGCAUUGCUUGUGGAAAAGGAGAGAUCUGCCAAAAUUACAAGCUUGCCAAUUCCUCCUCCAGCUCCUUUUGAGAACAUUGAAAUAAAAAAGAUUUCUUCAGUGAAAACCAAUAGUUCUACCUACCAUCAUAUGUCCACAUUUGUGAAUAGACAGAUGGAUACAUCAGAGCCAGAUGCUCAUUUGGCUGCUGAAAAAGAAGCUACCCGAUUGGAAGUACUACAGAGGCAAGCUGCACAAGAGAGAAUGGAGCAAUUUGAGAAGGCAUGGGCACGGGGUUUCCAAGCUAUGCAAAAGAUCCAUUUGGCCCAGAAUCAAGAGAAAGUACUGAAAGAACUCAAACAGCUUCAACAAGAGGACUUGGCACGCAGGAGGCAGACAGUGGCCCAGAUGCCACCGCAGCUCAUUGAGCUUCCAUACAAACGAAGUGAGGUGAAAGAAGACUGGCAGAGAGAGCUGGAGGUUGCUUUUGAAGACAUGUACAGUGCAGACAGGGAGGUGAGAGGAAACCUGAUUUUGCAUCUUGAGCCAGAGCCUUUGCCCAUGGUGAGUGACCAGAUUCACGAUGAAGAACUGGAUCUUUCUAUGGAACGGGAAGAUAGAGAAGAACCUGAGAACCUUCAAGUUACGGAUGCUGCAGUAAUGUGUCCUACUGAAACAAAUGUGAAGACUCAUCAAAUUCCAUCAAGAAUUCUUUUUAAAAAAUUACUAAAUAAGAUUCGAAGCCAAAAAUCCCUAUGGACAAUUAAAUCCAUGUCUGAAGAUGAAUGUGAAAUGACUACAACUGUUAGUGAAUCUGAGAGCAAAACAGCAGCAAUUGAAGCAGGAGCAGUUGAUGUUAUCCAAAGUGAUACAUUGACAAUUGAGUCUGGACCACUCUCUAGUGAUGAUAAACCACUUCUGCACCACAGAGACACUGGAAAGGAAAAAGACCUAUAUGAAACUCUACCUGGCACAGCUGUCGCUCAGAGCUCAAUUCUACUUCAUCCUCAAGAAGAAGCGAUCAGAGUUAGAGCAGCAGCAAGGCAGAAACAGAUAAUGGAUAUAGAAGUGCAAAAGCGAAAGCAGUUGGAAUUACUAGAACAAAUUGAACAACAAAAAUUAAGGUUAGAAACAGAUUGCUUCCGGGCUCAGUUGGAAGAAGACAAAAGAAAAAGAACUCAGCAGCCUGAGGUCAGCAUUGCUUCUGCAUCAAGCACUGUCAUUUCUGAUGAGGAUAACCAUAGGCAGAUGAUUCGUAACUAUCAACAGCAACUCUUACAGCAAAACAGGUUACACAGACAAUCUGUUGAAACUGCCAGGAAACGGUUACUAGAAUAUCAAACAAUAUUAAAAGGGAAGUACCCUUCUUCGUCAACCACAUCAUUGGUAUCUGAUUCUGUUGUAUCAGAACAUUGGGAUCAGAGUAGGAGCCCAAAGUUAAGUCCCUACAAAUACAAGCCUGUGCAGCCCAUACAGUCCUCCAAAUUAAAACAAGAUCAUAUUCAGUCACUAAGACCAAGUCACAUUCCACUAAGACAGAGUCAUAUUCCACAAAGACAGGUAGAAACUACAGAAAUACUAAGCGCUUCAGAUGUUUUAGCCAAUAAGUCUUUAGACUCAGAAGAACAUGUAAGGCAAUUCUCUGGAACUGAAACACAACAGACAGACUGGUUGGUCCCUAAUAAGUCACAAAUACUUUCAAGGACCUUGUCAUCGGAUAGGGCACGAAUACAAAAUGCUAGAGAACUAUCUGAAACAUUUAGGCUAACAACUUUUCAAACUUUAGAUUCCCAACAAGUAUCACAGGACAGUGAAAAUACAUCUUCUAAGCUCACUGAACCUCCUUCAUUCGUACCACUGGUACCUGAACAUUCUUUUACUCUUCUCCCUGUUAAAGUUGAAUCUGGAAAAAUUCAGGAGCCUUUAUCAACCAUAAACAAAAGUGCAGUUUGUAUAAGCCAUUCUGUAGGCAGCCAGAUCCAUGAUCAGCCUUUGACAUCCUCAGAGACUAUCACAGCCCAGCAAGGUAAUUUGAAGGCUCUUCAAGAACAGUUAGAACUCCAGAAGGAUAUUCUUCAGGCAAGACAAGAAGCUCAGGAGCAAUUGCUUUUGCAUAAACAGAAGGAGUUGGAAGAGCAGAUUGGCUUCUCUAUAUUCCUCCCAACUGUAGCAGAUUCAUUUGCUUCACUGACUUAUUCCAAAGCUGAAUCAAGAGCCCAGGAAUCUUCUGUAGCCAAAAAUGCUACAUUAGCUUCCUCAAGCAAUCCUGUGAUCCAGCUUCAGGAUAGUCUUAUAUGUUUCUCACAGCCUAUGUUAUCACAGCAAAAUAAUUUAAAAUUUCCUCACAAACAGUUGAAUGUUGUUAAAGAUAGCCUACAGGCUAGACGGGAAGCUCAGGAAGUCUUAUUUGUAGGUAAACAGUGUGAUUUGGAUGGAGGACUAUGUUCUGAACAGUCUGCAACUUCUUCUCAGCCACAUCAAGUAGCUCAGCAUAUGUUUACUUCAUUACCUUUUGCUGUUACAAAAUAUAGAAAAAUCCAGGAACAACAUUUAUCUAGGAAUGAGGAAGGGUUUCUGUCAAGCCAGUCUGAAAUCCCAGUGUGUCAGGAUGGAUCUUCGAGUUUCCUGCCUCUACAUGAUAGUUCAGAGUUACUCCAAGAACACCUGGCUACACAGAAAGAUACUCCUCCAGCUAGAUACAAUGCUCAUGUGGACAUACUUUUACAUAGACAAAAGGAUUUGAGGGACAUUGAGCCUGGGCGCAUGAGUUUUUCAUUCUCACCAGUAUUAGUUCAGCAUAUAGAUACUUCACCAUCUUCUACUGAAUCUGAGCCUAGAUUUCAGAAACAUUAUUUAUCUAAGAAGGAGAGCAUAAUUCCCUCUGAUAAUUUGAUCAGCCCAGCAUUUCAAGAUACUUCUCUUAGCUUCCUACAGCAUAGCUUGCCAGGGCAAGAAAAUUUCACAACACUCCAAGAACAAUCACACAUACAGAGAAUAAUACUUGGAGCUAGAAAAGAAUCUCAAGAAUUUGUACACAAACAAACUGAAUUGAAAAGAAUUUCUUCUGAACAGAGUGGCACCUCUUCGCUAUCACCAGUAGCUAAAUCUGAAAGAUUGCAAGACUUCAUGUCAAUCAAGAGUGACAGUACAGAUCCCUUAAUUCAUUCUGCAAUUCCUAGAUUCCAGGAAAGACUUUUAAGAUUUUCACAUGUGCUACCUCUACCAGAUAAUUUGGAGAAACACCAAGAAUACAUAGACACACCAAAAGAGUUUGUAAAUUUUAGUCAGAAAACUCAAGAUAAUACAUCUUCUGAACAAACUGGUUUUUCUUUGUUUACACCUCAAAUAGAACAGCACUCAUUUACAUCAUUACCUUCUGCUGACUCUAGUUUAACCCAGGAGCCAGUUUCAAUAGAGAGUGAUAACAAAACGUCAAGACGUUUUCAGAUCCCCAAGUUACAGCACAAGCUUGUACAGCUGUCACAUUGUAUACAGCCUCAACAAGAUAAUUUGAAGGCACUUCAAGAAAAAUUAGCUACACAGAGGGAAGGCAUCAUUCAAGCUAGACAGGAAGCUAGGGAAGAAAUGCUUUCAUGGAACCAGCAGAGUUGGAAGGAAAGAGUGUCUCCUGAGCAGGGUGGCAUCUCUCCCUCACUCUUAAUAACACAUCCAUGUGCUUCAUUACCUCUUACUGAAUCUGAAAGAACCCAAGAAUGCUGUCCUACAAACAUUGAUAGUACACCCUCCUCCAGUAAUUUGGAGAUGCUGAUUUUGCCUAAUAGGCAGUUGAGUUUAUCACAUACUUUACCUCAACAGGAUAAUGUGAUUACACUUCAAGAGCACUUGCAUGCACAGACAAGUUCUUUUCCUUCUAUUGAGAAACCCCAGGAAGAGUUAGUGUUGCCCAGACAACAUGAAUCUGAGGCAAAAGUAUCUUCUGAGCAUUUUAUCCAAGCUUACCAUGGUGAUUUCAAGACAUUGCAACACCAGUUAGAUAUGCAAAGGAAAGUCAUUCGCUUUGGCCAAGAAGUUCAAGAAGAACUGCUUUUACAGAAAUUAUGUAAAUUGGAGAAAAGGGUAUCAUCUGAGCAGAUUAGCUCUUCAUUUGCAUCCCAGGUAGCACAGCCUGUUGCCAGCUCUGAAGGAACCCAAAAGUCUUUCUCAACCGACAGCAGUAAUGCAGAAUUCUCCACGUUACAUGGUAAGUUUUUGAGCUCUUCACAGCCUCUUCUGCCUCAGCAAGGUGAUUUGAGAGUGUAUCAUAAUGAGAACACCGAAGAAGAGCUGCUGUUAAACAAAGAAAGUCAGUUUAACAAAAUUGAAUCUGCGGAGCUUGCCCUUUCUUCUUCCUUUCUAUCUGAGGAUCUAGAGCAUUCAUUCAUUCCACUACCUUUUGCAGAAGCUAAAUAUACAAGUACUUACAAAAUGAACUCAUCUAAAAAUGAACAUGAAGCUCCCUCGAGUGAUUCUGAGAUACCAGGAUUUCAAGAGAGACUUUUGACUUAUUCACAGCCAAUCUUACUAAAGCAAAAUUACAUGAGUCUUGAGAAGCAGUUGGAUCUACAGAGAGAAGUUUUGCAUUAUAGCCAAAAAGCCCCGGAAGAAUUACUUGACCAUAUACAAACAACAUUGCAGAAACAUGAUGACCAUCAGACAGGUAAGCCCAUGAUUGAAAAUUAUCUUAAUAUACAGAAGAUGGAGCAGUUCAGAGAAUGGCUUCCUCAUAUCCAAGACCUGCAUGCAGGCAAGGGCAAUGCUGAUGCUGAUCAGCUGCUUUCAGAAGAUUCUAGUGCCAAGUUAAGGGGUGAGCAUCUAGACAAAGAACUGGGUAAAAGAGCCUCAAAGCCACCUGUGGCCAGGGUUAAAUGUGGACUGAACUUAAAUCAGCAUGAACUUAGUGCUAUACAAGAAAUAGAAUCACCAGCAAGUGGCAAGACGUCUAUACCAGAUAAACUAAAUAUUUUUGAAGACAGAGACCCCAUGAGAGUCUCAAUAAGCCGAGAACAAAAUUUCCUUAAGAGCCCCCCUGCCCAGAAUGCAUUUGUUUGUCAUCAGCCGUCUGUGCAGGAGAACAUCAGAAGUGACGCUAUCACUGAUGGAGCAGUUUUAGUCAAGGUCAAGGAAUCUGAUGUUGAAAAUCAUGCAGUAUUAAGCUAUGCUGUGGAAGGAGAAGAGUGCAUACAUGUGAUGCCAGUUGUGCAGCCAGAUAAUAAGACUGAAACACAAGAUAUUUCUCAUGAGCCAUCUUCAGUGACUCUUUCUACUGGUAGCUUUUUAAGUUAUGAAAACACAGAUUUGAGCCUUAUAGACACAGAGUCAUUCUUGGACCGUCAGGAACAAGAAUCUACCAUUAAACAAGAAGAAACAGAUAUUUUAAGUUCUGUAGUUCCUUCAACACAAGUAAUUUAUACCUCUCAGCAGCAGCAGAACUCUUCAGAUCUUCAUAAGUCUCUAUUGGAAGAAUUUACUUCUGGUCACACAGAAUCUCAGCAGAACACAGACAGUUGCAUAAAGGAAGUAAAUCUGAUACCUGAAAAAACAGACUUGUGCGUUGACCUUGACUUUCCAGAAUUGGAAUUUGUUUUCCCAAAUUUGCAUCGUCAGCUCUUUCAGCCCUUAAAGCCACAUACAGAUUUUGAUUUCUCACCUUCAGGGAUUUCUCAAGACAACAGCAACUUUUACCAGACCAUAGGUACCUCAUCUGAAAGACACCAUGCUACUGUAUCAUCCAGAAGUACAGUUUCUUUUACAGCACUGAGGCAGACCCACUUACAUUCUUUUCCUAAUACAAGGCUAAGCCAGCAACCUGACGCUAACUUGGCUCAUACUGCAACUUCUAGUUUUGCUGCAGAAAACACUGAGGGAUCUGAAGAACCUUUUCCACAGCUUCUGCCAGAAAUUUCUUCCCAGGAGGGGAGCCAGCAUGCGGAUCUUCCAAGUAUUGUUAGCAUUGAAGCAAGAGAUUCUUCCCAAGACAUGGAAAAUGAAAAGUCUCCCUCUGAACAGACUGAAAUUAUACAAAAUAAGAAAAGUGUUCAUUUUCAGCUUUGUGUAGGAAAUUCCAGUUCAACCUACAGUUCAUCUGAUGCUGGCGUGUUCGAUCAGUUGCUUGUACAGCAUAGCACUCCAUGUGGCUCUCUCUCAAGUGACUGUUCAAUAAAACUAGAAAGUGAAGGCAGACUGGAUUUCCAAGAACUGUCCAAAAGACAGAUUGUCACAAUAUUACAAAGUCCAGAAUUCAAAGAUGAUAAAAGUGCAAUCUGUAGUUUGCCUACACAUGCCCAUGUUGAAGAUAUUGACUCACAAUUGCAUGUAAGAACAGCAAAGAUAGGAACUUCAACUGAAAACUAUUUUGAGAAUUCACUGAAGAUUGAAACUCCAGAAGCCCUAAGAAACCUACCUCAACCAGCACAAUCAGAGCCCCAUAUAAGUUUUGGAUCAUUUUCAUUCCAAAGCUCUAUUCCAGUGUGGGAGACAGAAUCUGGCCAUGGUAUAAUGGAGGAACCAGAUCUUACUUUAGUAAGCAGCAGUGACAUCAGUAUUGCUGAAACAAGCUUUGCAAACUUGACCAUAGAAGAAAAUGGGUCAAACUGUACUCAGGUUACUGAAUAUCUGCCAUCAACAGAAACCUCAGAUUACCCAACACCAGCAGCUUCUACAGCUGUAUCUGGGAGCUUGCAAGCAGCAUCAUUUAUAAAAAGAUCCUACCAGGGGCAGAAAAGAAUGUGUAAAACUCAAAUCUCUGAAGACUCGCACAUUGAAACAGAUUCAGAUUCAUACAUGGGUCAUCACAAGGGUGUAAAUAAAGUUAGAAUAUCUCUUUCUGAAGACAGACAUCAUGAACAAGCCAUCAUGCAAAAAAGGUUAUACAAUCAACUAGCUGAAGUCAAGCAAAAGGAAGAAAAGGGAAAACUGGAGGCUUAUGCCCAAAACAGAGCAAGGGCGAAAGAGUUUCAUAAGGUGAGCAGGACACCCCACCAUGUUACUUCAUUCUGGACACUAACUGAAACCACUAAACUUCCUUUUACUCUCUCCACAGAAAACACUAGAGAAACUUCGAACCAAAAAUACAUGCUGACUUUCUACAAACAGGAUACAAUGGAGUUUUAUUUGAAGUCAAUAAAUUUUUAUUUAAUAAUUUUCACGUUAUGUUGUGAUUCCUUCAGUGCCCAUCAAAGUGAAGCUCAAAAUUUCUCUUAA